UAUACCUGAUUGAUUUAACAAUUGAUUCGAUUACACCUUACGAAAUCGAAAAAUAUCGAUCACGUAAUUGGCCAGUAAGAAUUCCGAAUUUGAAAGUUUUAUAUUGGCACCUGUUGAAAUUUCAUAUUAAAACUACGUUAUGUUUAUAUUUUGUUAAGAGCUAUUUAAUAUUUAACCAAACAAACUUAACAAAUUAUUUAAGUCUAGUAAGAUAAAAAAAAACUACAGUAAUCUAAUAUUUGCCUUUUUGUCUUUUAGAAUUCUACAUUUUUACCAUAAAAUACACGUAUUUCUAAUAACGUGCAUUCUUUACGAGUGAAGUGGUUGAUUAAUCAAAGUUAAUAUUACGUUGGUUAUACUGUUUGCGGUAAUGUGUCAAAAUCGUGUUGUUGUUUAUAUAUAUACAUUUGAAAGGAAAAAUUAAUUAUUUUAUAUCUAACGAUGAUUGAAUCAUCAUCGUGGAACUCCCAAAAGGAUGAAACUAUAUACAAAGCUGCCGGUUCCAUGCUAUUACGAAAGUAUGGACAAUUUUUUGACACUUUGGCAGAUAGAUUUUGGCUAAAUGAUUCAACCUUGGAAUAUUUUAUGGAAGGUCCUAUACGACUUGUCUAUCAGACAGUCGAAGAUAUCAGUAUUAUAUCUUUGGUAGAAAUGGAGAGUAAAGAUUUAUCCAAGCUGCUUGGUGCUGUUGCAGGAACAUGUAGAGAAAUAAGACUGCUAAAGAAAGAAGCUAAUACUUUUUAUGCUAAGCUCUUUGCACACAGUGAUAAAAGUAUGGACGACGAUCUAAAAAACAUUGGUAGCCUUUUAUCCGAUCUCCAAUGUCUAUCGACUUUUGUAAAUAGAAUAAUGACAGUUUUACAAUUGACCACACAGCAGUUGCUCAGUUUAGCUGGAGGAUCUCAUGAAAUAUAUUUGCCUGCUUUGAUAGAACAUUUCAUAGACUUAUUUAUAAUUCUUGUAAUACUGGACGAAGUUAUCGACGCACAACCGUCGAUAUUAAAUUAUUGGAAAAAGUACAGGAUGAAUAUACGCUCUGUUAUGCAUAGUCCAGCACAAUUUGGAAUACCGGAAGCUAAACUUCAUAUGCUUGAUAAAUUAUUAACAGAUUGGCAGGAACAGUUAUUGAAAAAAACUGUGUUUUCUAAAGCAGUCGAAUAUGUAAUGGAUGUAAAUAAAGGUCCAAUUAUGAACGAUCAAAUUGUUAAUUAUUUGAAAAACUUGAUGUCAGACAUAGAAAGCAAAUCUAAUGACAAUGCUGCAUUAAAUAAAAAUUGGAUUAGAGCUAAUGUUGGUAUCGUUGUAGUAACAAAAUUAUUUGGAACUUGUGAUAAGAAGUUAGUCAAGCGGAUAUCAGAAGCCAACAAAAAGUUUUAUGCUGUAACAUUAAUCGGAAAUGUCAUUUGGAUACCCAGUAAAUUUUUAAACGAAUUUUUACCAAAGGAAGUUGGGAGUGUUGUUAGUUCACAAAUAGGUGAAAAACUUCUUUUAAACAGAACACAAAAAUUGGCAGUUACUGUAAAUGUUUUGAUAAAUAAAGCUAUGAUGUGGUGCUUAGAGAUGCAGAGCAUUUUAAUGAAAGGUAGUCUUCAGAUUUCUGAUAUAGGACAUAAGCGUAUAUUACUUACAGAUAUAAUUACAUUAUUAGCACAAAUUAAGGAAAUUAUAUCUUUUAUAACGAAUCUGCAUGCUAAUCUUGUAAAACCAAUGAAUCGAAACACAGUUCAGCAUAUUUGUAAACUUAUAGAAAUACAAAAAUCUCUCCAAACAUGGUUCUAUAUAUUGGGUCCAGUUGUAGUGCAAUCACAAGAUCAAGUAUUACAAUAUCUUAGUUAUUAUAUUUUAGCUAUACUUGUAACAGCCCGGAAAGGUUUAAUUCAGAAAGAUAGAGGCUAUAGUAAAGAAAGACUCGAUGCGCUAUCAUUAAUAGGACUAAGUAUGCGCCUAAUAAGCGGACCUGCUAGUGCAGACAGAAGAUUGAUAGUCCGAUGUGCUCUUGCGUGUGCCAGUCAGUUGACUGAAACUUUCAAAGAUGAGGAUAUAGUAAAGCUUAAAUUUUUAUUAGACAAUUAUGAUGUCUUUGCAGAACUUUAUGAUAAUGUCGACGAUCUCUGUGAUUAUUCGGUACUAUUGCAUCAUCAAAAUAUAAUACCCGCAUAUUUUACUUCUAUAAUUGAAAAAAAUAUCAACAUCGGUCACUUAGUUCACUUUUUUGGUGCAUUUAAUAAUGUUCUCGAUCAACAAGAAUUGUCUGACAUGAAUGAACAACACGUUAAAGAUUUAAAAGAAAUAUUACUGAAAACUGUACUAGAACCAGCUUGCCGUGAGAUUGAAACAAGCCUACGACUUCAUGUACAUGCGCACUUGAAAUUAGAUUCCAGUAAUCCCUUUGAGGUGGGUGCCAAAGAUGGUGGAAGAAUAGUCCAUUCAUUGCCUUUACCUUUAGCUAAUACAAUGAUAUAUGCUAAAAGAUUUAUUGAACAUUAUCUGGACGAUAUGUUUUAUAAUCUUACCACGGUAGCAUUGCAUGAUUGGAAAACAUAUAGAACGAUGCACGCUCUGGCUAAUUACAAAUUAAAUCUUGAUACUGUACACAAUCAUUUACCGACACAAACUUUGGAGCAAGGUUUGGAUGCUCUGGAAAUUAUGAGAAAUAUACAUGUCUUUGUAUCCAAAUAUCUAUACAAUUUGAAUACACAAACAUUCAUAGAACAUACAAGUAACAAUAAGCAUUUAAAUACCAUUGGAAUUCGUCACAUAGCUAAUUCAAUUAGAACUCAUGGAACUGGUAUUAUGAGUACUACUGUAAAUUUUGUGUAUCAAUUUCUUCGUGUUAAAUUGCACACAUUUUCACAGUUUAUGUUUGACGAACAUAUAAAAUCUAGAUUAAUGCGAGAUAUAAGAUUUAUUAAAUCACAACGUGAAAGUGGAGCAAUACCUUAUACAUACGAAAGAGCAGAAAAAUUUCAGAAAGGAAUAAGGAAACUGGGAAUGACUCCUGAUGGAUUGAGUUAUUUGGAUCAAUUUCGUCAAUUGAUAACUCACAUUGGAAAUGCCCUUGGAUAUGUACGAUUAAUUAGAUCUGGUGGAUUACAUGCAAGCUCAAAUGCUGUAUCAUUUCUACCAGAUAUUCAUUUAAACAUGUCGUUUGAAACUAUGUGUAAAAAUUUAAAUUAUAAUGAAACAACGCAAGCUGCUGCCAAACGUUUAGAGGAUGAUAUUGGAAAUUUAGUUCAUAACUUUACAGAAGGCAUACAUUAUUUUAAAUUACUGGUUGAUGUAUUUGCAUCUGCUUUUCGAGAUCCCAAAUCACAUCAUUUACAGAAAUUCUAUGCUAUAGUACCGCCUUUAACAUUAAGUUUUGUUGAUAAUUCGGUAUCAAAUAAAGAAAAGAUGUUUAAAAGAAACCAAACUGGUGGAGCUUUUACGGAUGACGGUUUUGCGAUGGGAGUAGCAUAUAUAAAUGCUCUUCUCGAUCAAAGUGCGGAAUUAGAUGCAUUACAUUGGUUCGAAACGGUUGAAAAUCAUAUCAAUGCAGAAAAUAAAGAUGAUCAUGGAGAUGAAAAGUUGCAACAAACCAGGGCACUAACUUUAAAACGCUUAGGAGAAAGAAGUGCAGAAUUUCGAUUACUAUAUUACAGUCUUUCUGGGGCAAGAGUGUUCUUUAAACAACCAGAUUCAUAGUAAUUCUGUAUGAAUGAAAGACCUGAAAUAUUUAUAAAAUCGAUUUUACUCAGUUCCCUUUAAAAGAAGAUAAGAUAAUCUUAAGUUCUGAUUGUUAAGUUUAACUCUCUUUCAUAUUUUAUAUAUUUAGUUAAAUAAAACCAUAUAUGCAAUCA